UGGUUACCAAAAUUCAAGAUCUAAAGUAUUCAUGUGUGAAUCAAAAUAUGCUUCGGUCCACCGUUUUCUUAGAAGCGAAAAGAGGCUUCCUUUUCCAGGCAUGUUUUGUAUCAAAAAAUGAGCAUACCGUAGCCACAAGUGAGGAGAUCUAUUCGCAUCUAUUGCGAGGAUACGCGAAAGACUCGAAUUUGGUGAGUGGAAGAGCAGUUCACGCUAAAUUAAUCACAGGCUCUAUUCCUUUCACUGUUUUUCUUCAAAACCAUUUGCUUAACAUGUACGUCAAAGUUGGAGACCUUCCUUCGGGCCUAAAAGUGUUUGACGAAAUGCCCCAGAGAAAUGUGGUGUCCUGGUCCGCUGUCAUGGCUGGUUGCAUCCAAAAUGGCUGUGCUUCGGAGGCUCUUUCUUUGUUCAGCCGUAUGCAUCACGAGGGAGUUACGAAACCAAACGAGUUCACGUUUGUUAGCGCUCUACAGGCAUGCUCUUUAACUAAUGUUACUCUGGCUUACCAGAUUUAUUCAUUAGUUGUGCGGUCAGGACUCAUGUCUAAUAUCUUCUUACUCAACACAUUUUUGACAGCCCUACUGAGGCAUGGUAAAUUGGCGGAAGCCUUUAAAGUUUUUGACCAAAGUCCAGGCAAGGAUAUCGUGUCUUGGAAUACCAUCAUAGGGGGUUACUUGCAGUUUUCUUGUGAGCGGAUUCCUGAAUUUUGGUGUUGCAUGAACCGUGAGGGUGUGAAACCUGAUAACUUCACAUUUGCCACCGCCCUCACUGGGUUGGCUGCUCUGUCUUAUCUACAAAUGGGAACGCAAGUUCAUGCUCGCCUUGUCAAGAGUGGAUAUGGGGAUGACCUUUGUGUGGGGAACUCACUGGCUGAUAUGUAUAUAAAAAAUCAUAAGUUGGUAGAAGGUUUCAGAGCUUUUGAAGGGACGCCUAACAAAGAUGUGUGCUCCUGGUCCCAGAUGGCUGCUGGAUGUUUACACUGCGGGGAACCAAGAAAGGCACUUGCAGUCAUUGCACAGAUGAAGAAAAUGGGUGUAAAGCCAAACAAAUUUACCUUGGCAACUGCUCUAAAUGCUUGUGCCAGUUUGGCUUCACUAGAGGGAGGGAAACAAAUUCAUGGCUUGAGGAUUAAGCUUGAAAGGGACAUUGAUGUGUGUGUUGAUAAUGCUCUUCUCGAUAUGUAUGCAAAAUGUGGAUGCAUGGAUAGUGCAUGGGGUGUUUUUGGAUCAAUGAACUCCCGUUCUGUCAUUUCUUGGACAACAAUGAUAAUGGCAUGCGCGCAGAAUGGCCAAUCCAGAGAAGCUCUUCAAAUUUUUCAAGAAAUGAGGGAGGCGGGUGUAGUGCCUAACCACAUCACCUUCAUUUGUGUUCUUUAUGCAUGUAGUCAAGGUGGGUUUGUUGAUGAAGGGUGGAAGUACUUUUCUUCCAUGACCAAAGACUAUGGAAUCUUCCCCGGAGAAGAUCACUACGCCUGUAUGGUGAAUAUUCUUGGCCGGGCUGGACUUAUUAAAGAAGCUAAGGAGUUAAUCCUAAGAAUGCCGUUUCAGCCGGGUGCGCUUGUUUGGCAAACAUUGCUCGGUGCUUGUCAGAUUCAAGGCGAUGUAGAAACUGGGAAACUUGCAGCAAAACGUGCCAUACGACGAGACCAAAAGGACCCGUCAACCUAUUUAUUAUUGUCCAACAUGUUUGCUCAAUUUAGCAAUUGGGAUGGCGUGGCGAUUCUGAGAGAACUGAUGGAGAUAAGGGAUGUAAAGAAAGUACCAGGAUCCAGUUGGAUUGAAAUCGAUAGGAUUUAACAAAUUUCAUUCAAACAUACGAAAAAUCUUCAUUUCAUAUCACCCUUUCUUUUACAAGUUAUCACACGUUACAUGGGAUAUAACGUUGAGUUAUGUGAGACAAAAACUAUUUUCGAUUCCGGAAAGGAAUU